GAAUUUUUGUGCCGAAUUUUCUCAAAUUUUUCUAGCCAUAAGUUGUCGCGAUGUCCCGUCAGUCGGCAGUUCGAGCAGACAAUAGGAAAGUGAGCGCUGAGUUGUUCGUUUUAACCCAUGGAGCACUUGUUGCCCAGCUUGUGAAAGAUUACGAAAGUGACGAGGAAGUCAAUAAACAGCUCGACAAAAUGGGCUAUAACAUUGGUGUUAGAUUAGUGGAAGACUUUUUAGCAAGAUCUAAUGUUGGAAGGUGUCACGACUUUAGAGAAACCGCUGAUGUUAUAGCCAAGCUGGGCUUCAAAAUGUUCCUUGGUUUUUCACCAGUGAUAACAAACUGGAGUGCGGCAUCUGAUGAAUUCUCUUUGAUAUUGGACAACAACCCCAUGGCAGAAUUUGCUGAGUUACCAGAAGGACAUGAAGGACUUCUGUUUUCAAAUAUACUCUGCGGGGUCCUGAGGGGAGCUCUAGAAAUGGUACAGAUGGAAGUUGAUGUAUGGUUUGUUCAAGAUGCACUCCGAGGGGACGAGACGACUGAAAUUAGACUCAAGUUUAUUAGGAAGCUAGAAGAUGCUCUUCCCGCCGGCGAGGACUAAAUGUAUAGUGUACAGUCUAAAUGUAAUGUACAUACAGUGAACAGUUUAAACAAUAUCCAGACUGCAUAGCCUCCUUUCCAGUACAUACUUGCAUUGUCACGCAACACGUCAUUCAUUGCGUAACGACAUCGUCACGUCACGCUGCCCCAUUGAGGAAAAAAAUGUUUAAGAAGUCGGAUAACUAUUGUGAAGGAGACUGGAACAGUACUGGUACAAUUUUUUUUUAUUGAUUAGUUAAAGCUACUGGGAAGUAAAACUUUGAGCUCUUUCACACUUCGUAAUCCAGGUAAAGCAUGACUGAGAAUUUCUUAUUUCUUAGUUACGAUCAUAGUUACUAUGGUUACGACCGACUUUGUCGUUUCUUAAUCAGGGAGCUGAAUUUUCAUCGUGGAGAAAGUCUAGUAGAGAUUUCAGCUACCGUAAAGUUCUAAAGCUUAAGACUCUCGUAACUCUUGGAUAUAGCAACCUUUUGCUAUCGCCCUUUCCGAGGGUCGUAAUUUUUGGGAGAGGAGGAGGGGUAAGAAAUACGUUUGUCUCUAAAACGUGCCCCAUACCAGUUGAGCAAUCAAAAAAUGUAUACUUUGAAAAAAUUUUCUUGACAGGAAACAGAUUUUGUUUAGUAGCUAGAGAUAGAAAUUUCAUCUAAGAACAGAAAAAUGUUUUGUAUUUUGAAUAUCGCUCAACUAAAACAAACAUCGUUUUGUUACAACUUACAAGUUUGUAUGCGCUACGUUCGGAGUUUGCUUACUUCGAGAGUUCCUUGUUUCCGCGUUUUACUAACAGCCAUGAAAGAAAAAAAAAAUGUAUGGCUAUGUUCAAAAGAUCUCUACUAUCGAGGGUGUUAAGUUUCGAAACUUUGCGGUACCAUGUCAUGAAUCAGAUGUACUCACAAGAGAGUUUUCUGGAAUGUCUCUGACUUAAUUAAGUAACAAAUAAACCCCUAAGCUUAUUUUGCUGUAUAUAAAAAUAGGAUUCUUCUAGAAGACUUUAGAUUCCAGUGAGUUAAUAGUUCAAGGUGUUUAGAGACCUCUUUAAAGUGGAAAACAGGAAACAGAUUAGAAUCGUCACACGUGAUUUGACACGGCAUGUUCUAAGAUAUCAAUCCGAGACUAUUGGAUUCGAUAAGUUGAAAAAUAAAAAAACUUUAACUUCUUCAAGGUUUUGCGGUACAGAAUUGUAUUAGUCUGUUAUGCUUAGAGAGGACUUUGGCGUGCAAAAGAAGCGAAAUUUCAAGGAAUUUUAGAAGUGUCGCGCAUGAUUUGACACAAAGAACUUUCUAGAACGUCUUUCGUGUAACAAUUGAAAAUAAACAUGUGGAAAUUUUAUAAGUUUA